AAUAGUUAUUAUGAGAAUUAUUAUUGUAAAUAAUGUAUAUAGUUUAUUAUAAGUGAUGUUAACAAGGAAAUAAACGCAUUUUGACUGCCGUGCUGCUGCUGCUGCUGUCAUUUUAUACAAGUACUAUUGUAUUACCUAUGUCAAUACAAAUUUCAACGAUGCCUCGUCCUUUGUCAUCAUGGCAUCAUUCGGUGAGGAUGGUAUGAGAAAGCGUGGGGUACGAUGCUUGCCGGACGGUGGUGGGUGGCGACCGUGACCCUGCUGCUGGCAGUGCGCCGCACGCAGAUGAGGGCCUCCGCCACAGACCGCCUGGACCUCCACCUGGACCCUGGCAGGCACCACCACAGGCACAGACACAAGCAGACAGACGCACCAGUCACUCAGCAUUACAACGAUAAUUCAUACAAUUUCCUUCCUCACUACGAUCCUUUUACCUUCAACGAAUUUUUACAUAGAGAAAUUUUAAAUUUCGAUUCUUACGUCAACGAUAAAAAGAAUGACUGGAAUCAAAUGUCCGGUGAUAUUGGAGAGUUGAAGGACAAGAAACACCAGCACUGGCCGAUCAAGCGCGAAGCUGUGAUAGAGGGGGACCUGGUGCUGGGCGGGCUGAUGAUGGUGCACGAGAGAUCUGAUAACCUGACGUGCGGGCCGGUUAUGCCGCAGGGGGGCGUGCAGGCGCUGGAGACGAUGCUGUACACGCUUGACAUUGUGAACAACAAGCUGAAGCUCAUCCCGGGCGUCACACUCGGCGCGCAUGUACUGGACGACUGUGACAGGGAUACUUACGGACUGGAAAUGGCUGUUGAUUUUAUUAAGGGAUCAAUCAGCAACAUAGACGACGCGGAGUACGCAUGCAACGCAACAGCGGUAAGGAAAGUCAUUUCCGGCGUGGUGGGAGCCGCCUCCAGCGUCACCUCCGUGCAAGUCGCAAAUCUGUUGCGCCUCUUCAAGAUACCACAGGUGUCAUUCUUCUCGACGUCCCCGGAGCUGUCAAACAAGGCGCGAUUCGAGUACUUCACACGCACCAUCCCCAGCGACCUGCAUCAGGUCAAGGCGAUGGUAGAGAUCGUUAAGCGGCUCGGCUGGAGCUACGUCUCCAUCAUCUACGAGGAGUCCAGCUACGGCAUCAAGGCGUUCGAGGAGCUCGAAGCGCUGCUGGCGAGGAAUGGCAUCUGCAUAGCAGUGAAGGAGAAGCUGGCGAAGGAUUCGGGCGUCGCCACAGAGACCGCUUACGACAACAUUGUCCAAAAACUGCUCACCAAGCCCAGAGCUAGAGGAGCGAUAAUCUUCGGGUCUGACCAAGAAGUGGCGGGCGUGAUGCGCGCGGUGGAGCGCGUCAACGCGACCGCCGCCUUCAGCUGGAUAGGCUCGGACGGGUGGAGCGCGCGCGCCCUCGUCUCAGACGGCAACGAGCGCGCCGUCGAGGGCACCAUCAGCGUGCAGCCGCAAGCCAACGACGUCACCGGCUUCAAGGAGUACUUCCUCGGACUCAACGUUAAGAAUAAUAAAAGGAAUCCCUGGUUUAUAGAAUUCUGGGAGGCGCACUUCCAGUGUCGCUACCCGGGCGGACCGCGCACGCCCUACAACGGUCAGUACGCGCGCAACUGCUCCGGCAGCGAGCGACUCACACAAGACAACACAAAGUUCGAGCGACAGCUGCAGUUUGUCUCCGACGCAGUGCUCGCCUUCGCAUACGCUAUACGGGACAUGCACCUGGCGGUGUGCGGAGGUCGGCGAGGAUUGUGCGAUGCCAUGCGGCCGGCGAGCGGCGCAGAGCUGCUGUCCUACCUGCGGAAAGUCAACUUCACUGGUAUAAGUGGCGAUGAAUUCCACUUCGACGCAAACGGCGACGGCCCCGCGCGCUACAACAUCCUGCACUUCAAGCAAGUGGCGCGCGGCAACUACCGCUGGCUCAAAGUCGGCCAGUACCUUGAUGGAGUGCUGCAACUUAACAUCGAUGAUAUUCAGUUCAAGUGGGGGGAGCGGCGGCCGCCGGAGUCAGUGUGCAGCGCGGAGUGCGAGCUGGGCCAGGCCAAGCAGUACGUCGAGGGCGAGAGUUGCUGCUGGCACUGCUUCAACUGCACCCAGUACGAGAUCCGGUCUCCGUUGGUGGAGACUGCGUGUGUGGUGUGCGAGCGCGGCACUUUGCCGGACGCAGCACGCACUCGCUGUCAGCCCAUACCCGAGCUCUACCUCCGCCCCGACUCCGCCUGGGCCAUCGGAGCCAUGUCCUUCUCCUCCCUGGGGAUACUGCUCACCGCGUUUGUGUGCGGGGUGUGGGUGCGGCACGGGGCGACGCCGGUGGUGCGCGCUAGCGGCCGCGAGCUCUCCUACGUGCUGCUGGCCGGCAUCCUCAUGUGCUACCUCGUCACCUUCGCCCUCGUCUUCCGCCCCACAGACGUCCUUUGCUCUAUACAAAGAUUCGGCACCGGUUUCUGUUUCACUGUCGUGUACGCGGCUCUGCUCACCAAAACCAACAGGAUCUCGCGCAUUUUCAACGCCAGCAAGCACUCCGCCAAGCGCCCCAUCCUCAUCUCGCCCAGCUCCCAGCUCGCCAUCUGCGCCGGACUCGUCUCUAUACAAGUGUUGAUAGUGGUGGUGUGGAUGAUAGUGUCGCCUGCGCGCGCGAUGCACCACUACCCGACACGCGAGGACAACAUGCUGGUGUGCGACUCCUAUGUCGACGCCUCCUACAUGAUCGCCUUCUCCUAUCCCAUCGUGCUCAUCGUCAUCUGCACCGUGUACGCCGUCCUCACCAGGAAGAUACCGGAAGCGUUCAAUGAGAGCAAACAUAUCGGGUUCACAAUGUACACGACGUGCGUGAUCUGGCUGGCGUUCGUGCCGCUGUACUUCGGCACUGCGAGUCAUGUCCCGCUGCGUGUCACCAGCAUGGCUGUCACCAUCUCUCUCAGUGCCAGUGUCACGCUCGCCUGUCUCUUCUCACCAAAGUUAUAUAUAAUAUUGAUUCGUCCGGAGAGAAAUGUUCGCCAGAGCAUUAUGCCAGUCCGGUACAGUCGGAAACCGCCGCCUUCACAAAACUUUACACACACACAAUCCAAAAAACCUUCUUCCGAUAAAGAAACACAAACGGAUCCGACUGACUUCAGUGUAGUAACGAACGGACAAACGGUGACACUACGACGUGUUAAUUUAGAUAAAGAUGAAACAAAUAAACAGGCAAAAGAAAAUGGCGCAGAAAAAAAGAUAUCUAAGGAUAAAACCGACGGAACAAAAGAUAAAGAUAUCAAAGAUAAAAAGUUAGAAAAGAAACAUUCUAAAGAGAAAUUAAACGAAAAGAAACAUUCCAGAGAGAAGAUACAAGAGAGAAAUCAAACGAAAGAUGUGAAGGAAGAAAAGAUUGUUCCUGAAAAUGUGAAACAAAUGAAUAAUUGUGAUAUUUCUAGAGAUAAAGUUGUCGUCGUUGUUCAGACAAUGAAUGAACAAUCCGAGUCUUUAUAGCAAUGGGAGUCUUCCAAAUCAUUAAACGAUGUUGGAACAAAUCGAAAUAAUAAUAAUACUAAUCUUAAGAAGAAAAGUUGCUCCUGCAAAAUGAGAGAACGGAAACCAAUCGUAGUGUAAAUUGUAAGAGACACUUUCUAAUAUACAUUAUCAUUAGAUUAGGUAAUAUUAUAAUGUACAUAAUACUAUGUAAAUUUGUGAAAUUCACAUCUCAGUACAUAGCAAAUAUUGUUCUUAUAGCUUUAAGUGUUUUGUCUAAAUAAAAAUGUAUCUCUUUGUGUAAACAAAUACGUCGAGAAUUGUAAAUAUAAAAUCGAAGACAUAUAGUGAAAUAUGAAUACUUCCAUGAUAUAAUUAUGUACUUAGGUAAGAUGUAAAUAGUAGAGCCGAUGUUAUAUAGUUAGUUGUCGAUAUAGCCGAGGCGAGCACUGAGCCAGGGCGGCGAGGACUCCUGAUAGAAUGCAAUUUACUUUAUAACUUGAUUAAUUCUUUGAUAGUUGAUGUACCUCUCAUACUUUACAUUGUUUUAUUACUGUUGUGAUUUUGUAGUGUUUUAUCACAUAGACCUCUCCGCCUUUUGCUCGCCUUGUAUAUAUUGAAAAAUGCAAUGA